CCCCGAUCGCGUCGCUCCAGCGCGUACACCGUCCUCCAUCGUCUCGGGCUCCUGGCUUUUGGCAGUCAAAGUGUCUUUAGAUGUACCGCUGCGGCUUUGUAACGCAGAGCCGCAGACUAAGAGCUCCCGGCGCAGCGAAGUUGGUGCACGCCUCGAAUGUUCGCAAUAUUUCGACUUCGCGAGAUGUACGGCCCAGCAUGCCUCUUUGGACACAUGUCGAACGCAUGAUCUGCUCCGGUAUUGUCUAUACCUUCAAGGUCAUGUGGUACCUGGCCGUAUCUCCUGCAGCAUAGAACCCUAUCAAAGAGACUACCGCUCCUCAGGCUCUCGGCCACACCUGCAUACUGUUGAAGAACAUUGUUCCUCGUCGUCGGUGGACGCCACAGCAGAUCCCUCCGUGGUUCAACGUCGCCCUAUCUUUACGCCGCGUUAUUCUCAGAUAGAAGAUACGCCUCGCCGGGAUCCGCUGACAGGCUUUCUACGGUGACGCCGAUUUGCGCGGGUGGCAUCGUGACUAUCUUCAUGACUUUGAGCUCUGUCCCUGUCAUUGUGGCACAGUCUCCUCUUCCCCCACAUCAUUAUGGAAAAGCUGCCCGGUACAUAUAAGUCCCCGUCAUUCCAGCGGAAUGCUCUUCGCGGUGCUUUUAGCUCGCGCCUAGCGCAGCGUCAUGUCCGCAAGCGAGGACACCGCGAAUCACUACUUGUCGCUGCUCCUUCCUGCUCUCAAGAGAUUCAGAGACAAAGUCAUCAUCCGACCCUUUCUUGGCGGCACGCCGCCACGCUGGGGUGAGGUCACCUUUACCCAGUGGGACCUGCAGCUCGCCACCGCGCGUCUGCACUGGUUGAAGAUCUUGGCCGGUCUAGGACUCCAGCAGACUGACGUUGUUGGGUUAUGGCUCACGGGCAAACAACACACCGAUCUCCUCAACAUCAGUAGCGUUUCGGCUGCAGGUUACGUCCCACAACUUUUCAGCCCCGUUUUCCCGCCAGACAUGACCCGCGCCCUGCUUGCCCUCAGUGGCGCCCGUGCACUCAUCUAUGACGCACACGCCUUACUGGACGUGCCCGCCAGCAGCAGCAUCCCGACGGUGGCAGCCCUCGAUGCGGAUGUAUUAGACGCGCUAGCCGGAGAGCCGAAGCAAGGACUCGAGGAGGCAGACCUUCCAGAAGUGUCCGGACGCCAGACUGCAGUAAUUUUUCACUCGUCGGGCACAACUUGCGGAAUGCCGAAGCUGAUACCGACGAGCCACAUCCUCAUGCGCGUCUUCAUGACGCACAAGUUCCCGGACUGCCUGCUCGACGGGCCGCACGAUGUCUCUUCGAACGUCUUCAACAGCCUUGGCAGCCUCGCACAUGUUGGGACCUUCCAGGCCUUCCACGGCGCCGCCGCGCACGGCUGCACGACCGUGCAAGCGUCCUCGAUGGCGAUGGGAUCCACCGAGCUCCUGCACAUGGUCCGUGCGACGGGGCUCAACCGCCUCGUGCAGUACGGUACUUUCGUCGCCGCACACAUCCGCUCGGCCAUGGCCGAGCAGGAGGUGGCGGACGUGCUGAGGGGCAUGCGCCAGGUGUUGUACACUGGCGUCGCGCUCGGGGCCGAGGAGGAGCGCUGGGCAGGGGAGAACGGGGUCAAGUUAUCGGCGAUGUAUGGGACGUCCGAGACAGGACCACUGCUCAUCUCGAAGGAUGGCCCGUAUCCGCUUCGACCUUGCAAAGGCGCGCAACCAGUUUUCGUACCGCACACCGCGUCUUCUCUGUCUUCCCCUGGGCCAUCCUCUCUGUCUCUCGGCCCGUCCUCCGACAUACUGACCGCACCUGCACCAUCUUCUCCCCAUUCAUCUGCCCUAGGCUCGCCCCCUUUCAGCCCGGGACCUUCGUCCACGCAAGCCAUCCGUCCAGCCCUCUACGAGAUCGUCGUCUCCCCAGCCGCGCCCGACGCUCCGCCGUCCACGCUCUUCAGCACCGACGGUUGGUGGCAUACGCAGGAUCUGUUCGCCAUCGCACCUGACACCAACACAGAGGACGGCACACCGGACGGCAUAAACGCCUGCGUAGCAGACGUUAGCGUGAACGACAGGCGCGGAUGGGUAUACAAGGGCCGCGCAGGCGACUGGAUCAAGACCGUGACAGGCUUCGUGGACACGCGCGCAAUCGAAGACGCAGUGCGUAACGCGUGCGCGGACAUCGUCGGCGACGCGCUCGUCGUCGGCAACGGGCGCGCGCACCCGGUGCUCCUCGUCGAGGCCCUCCCGACAGCUCCCGUAGACCGCGCCUCCGACCGUGCCCUCGGCACUCGCGACACGAGCGUGUCGUCCCCUUGCCAAAUGUGCGGACACCUCGCGGAGGAAGUCGUGCGGCGCCUCGCGCCAUUCAACAGGACGCUCUUCCCGUACGAGCGCAUCGCCGACGUGCGCUGGGUGCUCGUCCUUCCGCCGGGCGCACUCGUACGGAACCGCGAGAAGGGCAACGUGCGCCGUGACGCAUGCGAAGAGGCCUUCCGUGCAGAGAUCGAUGGCAUGUUCGAGGAGAGGUGAGUGUGUGUGGGAACGCUGUCGACGGACGGACAGCUAUGACUUCUGGAAUGGACUUUGAAUUGUAGAGUAGUAGUGACAAGAUGCUUUACAAUACGCCGAGAUGCCAGUAAUGACUGUGCUACUGUAUAUGCCCAAGGUGUACAAAAUGAGUGCGAAAAAUGUACAAGAUGUGAUGCGGAUGAUAAAUGAUUGCAACAUAAUGUGUCAAAAACGAGGGUAUAGAGAUAAAGAACGACAUUCCAGACCAAAAUCACGGCUAAAUUACGUCUGCGACACCUCACCGCCCUGCCCCGCCUCGAGGUCCUCCAACUCGAUCUCCUCUCCACCGUCAACAUGCACCUCCACACAGAUAUGCACGCCUUCCGCCGGCGUCGGCACAUGCAACUCCAUGCACGACACGGCACGCGACAGGGGCCUCGACGGUUCGCGCAUUUCCUCGCUGUGCCUCACCCGCUCUGACGGCGGGUGCGUGGGCGCGAGCGGCUCGAGCGGCCGGAGGGCCCAGGGCGGCGUCGACAGGUGCGACAGGUGCGACAGGCGUGACAGGCGCUUUGACCGCAGCGAGGCGCACAUGGUGUAGUCGCUGUCUCGGCGCGUGCGCCCUGCACUGCGCUUGCUGGCGCGGCGCUCGGGCGCGUGGGUGAACGGGUCCGUGAAGCACGGGGAGCUGCCGCGCGGGAGCGGUGAGGACGGCGCGGAGAUGAAGGACAUGUGCGUUGGAAGGCAGGCCUCGGCCUGGCUCUCGCGCGAGGCGCGCACGAUCACGGCGGAGAAGACUAUGCCCUGGACGAGCUCCGUGAGUGUUAGACGCGGGUAGGGAAGCGGAUGGACGCACGAUGAUGGGCGAGAUGGCGUUCAGGACGAUGAACAUCGCCGGGCUCCCGAGCGUGCUUGUGAUAAUGAGAAUGAGGAGGAGGACAGAGUAGAUCGCCGCUGGGAUGUAAAGGCUGCAUGAGAAAGUAU